AUGCAGCCCUCCGCCCCUCAGCUCGCCGAGGCACGGGCGUAUGAGCUCAAUAUUUUUGACAACCCGUCGAUCUGGAGCGUUGCAGUCCUGAUCCCGCUGAGCCUCCACAUUUGCUCCAAUCCGAAGAGUAGCCUGGGAGCUGUGAUGUCGAUUCGGCUGUUGGUAGUCUUGUGCAUGAAUUUCGUGCAGAAGGAGUCGGUGAUGGCCUUCCCACCCUGGUUCCUCCUCUUGUACCAGAUGGUGCUUCAAGUUGUUUUGAUCUCUGCGUACAACUAUCGCCAGCUGUCAUGCGGCAAACGAGGUGAUCUUGUCAAGUGGCUCUUGUGGAUGACACCUUUCUGGGUCGCCCAGCUGUUUACGUCAAUUUGUGGGUUGAAGUCGACCUCUGUUUCCACCUUUCAGGUAAUCCGGAGUUUGCUACCACUCAUGUCGUUUGGUAUGGAGAAGGCUACCCAAGGCAUUCCCGAGCAUGUCUCUGGGCCACUCAUGAGCUCAAUGUUGUUGGUCAUCGUAGGCACGGCCAUGUACAGCUACACCAGUGUCUCGGUAACGCCAGCCGCUUUCAUCUGGAUCUUCAGCAAUUGCGUGUUCACGGUGGUGGCUACUGUGUUCCGCAGUUGGUUCCUGAAAGACCCGAAUUUCACGCUGUCGAUCCCCUUUGCACAGACCUCGGUCAGCACCGCCGCAAUACCGUUUAUCUGUAUUGCUGCAGUCCUCACGGGCGAGGUGUACCAGUGGCCCACCGUCUUGCAGGACACGCCGGCCACCGCGUGGUUCUGGGCCACGAUGUCGGGACUUGUCGCUGGGUGCUUCUCGUUUUUGCAGUUCCGAUGUCAGGGGAUCAUCUCAGGGACGUCGGACCUCAUGUUCCAAAAUUGCGUCAAGGUGUUCAUCAUCCUGAUGGGAAUCGCGAUGUUCGCGGACAGGUUCGACAUGAAGUCCCUCAUCGCGUGCUGCACCGCCCUGGGUGGUUGCGCAUGGUACGGGUAUCUCCGGCAGGGCGAGAGAAAGGAGGGCACCAAAGCAUUGGGGUAUUGGAAAGCACCUUUGAUCGAUGUCAAAGAGCGCAACGGCCAAAAGUAG